AGACCUUUUGAGGAAAUCAUCUACGAUGGAAAUUGUAGCUCUUGUUCUCUCUUUGCUGCUUACCAAUGGAAUGGUUUUAAUCAGUGCAGCGACCAAUGAUCAGAAUCCACAACCAGCUCCUACUAUUGAACUCUUUGCAACUGCCUCUUCAGAUGCUGUAGAGCUUACAGAGGAGCACAAAUCCAACGGUUCUGUUCCCUUAUUCAAAACAGCAGGACCAAACACCCGACCCCAUCCCAUGUGCUUAGUGUCGACUGGAAUCAGAGACACUUUCAAAUACAUCAGUACUGUGGUGUCUGCUCUUGUAUUCAUCGUUGGAAUAGUUGGAAAUUCAGCACUCUUGAGAAUCAUAUAUGAAAACAAAUGUAUGAGAAGUGGACCUAACAUUCUCAUUGCCAAUCUUGCUUUGGGAGACCUGCUGCAUAUCGUGAUAGAUAUUCCAGUCAAUGCUUACAGGCUCGUGGCUGAGGACUGGCCAUUUGGUUUGGUGCUCUGUAAACUAAUCCCUUUCAUCCAGAAAACCUCUGUUGGAAUCACAGUGUUGAGUUUAUGUGCCUUGAGCAUUGACAGGUAUCGAGCUGUUGCAUCCUGGAAUCGAAUCAAAGGCAUUGGGGUUUCAACGUGGACAGUAGUGGAAAUAACUUUGAUAUGGGUGAUAUCAACAUUCCUGGCUGUGCCUGAAGUUGUUGGCUUUGAUAUGAUAACGAUGGAGUAUAAAGGACAGCAUCUGACAAUAUGUCUGCUUCACCCCAUACAGACCAAUCAGUUCAUGCAGUUUUAUAAAUCAGCAAAAGACUGGUGGCUCUUCGGUUUCUACUUCUGCAUGCCGCUGGCUUGCACGGCUGUCUUCUACACCCUGAUGGCCCGGAAAAUGUUGAGGAAGAAUGAGAAAAACCUGGGGAACUACACCAUACAGAGACGAGAAGUGGCCAAGACGGUGUUUUGCUUAGUGCUUGUGUUUGCUCUCUGUUGGUUACCACUGUACCUGAGCAGAAUCUUAAAACUCACCAUUUAUGAUGAGAAGGAUUCUAAAAGGUGUCAACUACUGAGUGUGUUUCUUGUCCUGGACUAUAUUGGCAUUAAUAUGGCAUCGCUGAACUCCUGCAUCAACCCCAUCGCUCUGUAUAUGGUCAGCAAACGAUUCAAAACAUGUUUCAAGAAACGCCUGUGUUGUUGGUGCAUAAAUCCUGAAGUAUUGAUGCUUGAAGAGGUGCAGUCUAUCUUGAAGUCAAAGAAGCAGGACCAGGCCUCUAAGCACAGCGACAUUAGAGCUAAUACACCCACCUCCACUUGAGUAAGAGGACACUUGACUGUUUAAACAAUAUAUUACUAUGACAUAUGCACAUAUUUUUUCUUUUCUUUUGCUCAGUGAGGCUCAGUGAGGCUCUGCCUCAAUGUCUUUAUUGGUUCUGUAGACUCUGACUCAGUAGACAAUGUAAUGUACCGUCAUUAGUGGUAUAGAGUUGCUUAGUAACAAAUCCUGUGGCAUUGUCUGUUGUGAGCUUGUUAUCAGUAGAACAUCUGCUUAUGAUAUGACACACUCAGACAAAGAGAGUCAGACAGUUCUGACUCCAUUCCCUCGGGCCUUGACUCACUCCUAACUAUGUAUGUCAUGUUUCACCUAUAUCAUACGCACUGUAAGUUUAUAUGCCCUGGCCCAUAACAUGUUUACCUGGAAAACUUUGCCUCAAGGCACUUAGUCUUGACACAUAUCCAGCAUUACACACUCUAACCACCUGUAAAGAGAU